AUGAUCCUCACCUUUCUCGUGUUGCUGACGCCAUCGGCCGUACUCGCCAUCAAGAAACCUCCGCACGUGAUCUUUAUUGUAGCAGGACGAUGUGUAUAUAUAAAACAACAAAACGUGCUUUCUGCGCGAGGUUUGGACGCUUACGAACCGGUGCCCUUGGAUAGCGCUGUCUCUAUAAGUUAUCUUAAAACAAAUCACCGCGAUGUACUGCGUGAACAUCUUAGGUCCCGCCUGCAACGCGACUGCUACGUGUCGCAGGGUUGGGCCGAUACGAGCCUCGUGGGUGGAUACCAGGUGCCCACGCCCAACUUGGACGCACUGGCCGCCCACGGCCUCCUGCUGACGCAGCACUACUCGUUGCACACGUGUACGCCUUCCCGGGCGGCUAUUAUGACUGGCCUCUACCCCAUCAGGAUGGGUUUGCAGCACGAUGUGCUGAUUCCUGCUCAGGAGGGCGGCAUGGACCCGAAGAUUCCCACUUUGGCCGAACGACUUAAGAGCCUGGGUUACAAGACGCACGGUCUUGGAAAAUGGCACCUUGGCUACUCCAGCGUAGAGCUUACUCCCACGCGGCGAGGUUUCGACACCUUCUUCGGCUACUACAACACUGCCAAGUACUACUUCACCCAGGGACUGAACUUCUACAACAUAUGUGGCCGCGACUUCUGGGACAACGAAGAUCUGGUGAGCGAUGCAGACGGCGUGUACGAUCUGGACCUCGUCACCGACAGGGCUGUCGACAUACUCUCCAGACAUGACACGAACGAGCCGCUGUUCAUGUACAUGGCCACCCUGGCAGCGCAUGGUCAGACGGACACUCUGACGGCUGAUGCACCAGAGAGGAACCUGGCCAAGUUUCCGUACAUCGGCGACCACAACAGGACACGCCUCGCCGGCGCGGUGGACGCAUUGGACGAGUCCGUCGGCCGCAUCGUCGAAGCCCUGCACAGACGUCGCAUGCUCUCCAACAGCGUCAUAGUGUUCACCAGCGACAACGGGGGCAUGCCGUGGGGCACCUUCUCCAACACUGGCUCCAACUGGCCGCUGCGGGGCGUCAAGGGCACGAUGUGGGAAGGCGGAAUCCGUGUGCCGGCGCUUGUAUGGAGCCCGCUGCUCCGGUCUGGCUCCCGCGUGGUCAUGUCCCGACCCGUGCACUUGGUCGAUUGGCUGCCAACUCUGUACUCGGCUGCCGGCGGCCGCGUCAGCCACCUAGGCGACAUCGACGGCCUGGACCUAUGGCCAGCCCUGUCCAUGGCGAAAUCCGACAGUGCCGCAAUCUGGCCUCGCAACGAGUUCCUCAUCAACACUGACUCCUCUUCUGGGCUGUCGGCCUACCGGGACGGUAACUACAAGCUCGUCGUAAUCUCAAAUCGGACGGCCCAAACGCCAAAUCCCUUUGGGCACGACGAACUCCAGCAACACGUCCCCACAGCAGGCGGCAUGCCCGAGUUUGAAAACGAGGAGGCCGCAGCGGAGCACCUGGACCGGCUGAUGAAGUACGUCGCUGGCCUGGAAGACCCUGAAGAAGCUGCUCGGCCGCGGAGGUGGUUUGGUAGUGCCAUCCGGCUGGCGUCAGAAGGCUGCGGUGCGGUGCUCGCGGCAGGAUCCCUCUCUGCCGGGUUUCGAACGGCGGGACGAGGGUCAAUACUUGUUCGACAUAGAACGUGACCCGUGUGAACUCAACAACCUGGCGUCCAGGAAGCCGUUGGUUGCGGCCCAGCUCUCCAGGAAACUGAAGCAGUACACGAAAGCUGCAGUGUCACCGCUGAAGAUGGUGAUAGACCCGACGGGGCUGCCCUCCGUCAACGACUGCAUCUGGGCACGCUGGAAGGACACUGCGCAGACGGCAAAUCGUAGUUGCCCCUGCCCGUGAUGUUACCGAUCCCCACGACUGGCCGUAGUUAGUUCUAUAAACGAAGUCUCAGUGUUCGAACACCUCCUUGAAAUCCUUGAAAGUUAUUUAAUUUAGUAAAAUAUAUUCAAGGGACCUUAAAACUUCUUGAAAAUAAAUGUGCUUCGUGAAUAACCUGAAAACUGCGGUUGGGGGCGACAUUUAAACAUUCAAGGUAACAAACUCCGCAUAACAGCUAUGCCAUGGACACUGUCUAUCGGGAAAGAUUAAAUCCCAGAUUAUUUUCUUUUACGAGUGUGGCUAAACGAUUGCAGUGUGGCGUGUUCGCUGUCAUGAACAACAGGCUCAUUUAAAUCACUGUUGCCAUCAUAGAGCUAGACGAAGCCAGAUCAAGCGACCAGUCCGUACCAUAUUGUUUUUUUUUUUUUCCUUUUUUUUUUUG